AAGGCACCCCUUUGGCCCUUUCACUCCAUUGUCCGAGAGAGAGAGAGAGUGUUUGAAAAGAAACGGAAAAGAAUGGCUGUCCCGUUGGCACCAUGGAAGCAGCUCCUUCUAAACUCACUGGAAUCCAAUGGAAGCCUCAAACAUUCUACCUACUUUCAGCUGGCAACAAUUGGGUUAAAUGGAAGACCUUCAAAUCGUACUGUUGUUUUCAGAGGAUUCGAGGAGGAUUCAAAUAAGAUACUAAUCAACACAGAUUGCAGAAGUUGUAAGGUUGAGGAAAUUAAGCGUUUUCCAUUUGGAGAGAUUUGUUGGUACUUCACUGAUUCCUGGGAGCAGUAUAGGAUAAGUGGAUCAAUUGAUGUAAUCGAUGGGUCUAGCCGUGACCAAAUGAAGCUUCUGCAAAGAGAGAAAGCAUGGUUUGCUAGUUCUCCGAGAUCAAGACAGCAGUACUUGGGGCCUAUCCCUGGUCUUCCCUGUAUACUUGAAGAACCAAACCAGGAGCUUUCUUUAGAUCCAUCUGCUGGCCCGGUUGUGGCCUUUUGUCUUUUGAUUGUGGACCCAGACCAGGUGGAUUACUUGAAUUUGAAGAGCAAUGAGAGGCUGGCAUUCACUAUUAAAAAUAAUGACGAUGGAGGGAAAUGCUGGGAUUCAAAGAAAAUCAACCCAUAAAUUAUCGUUAGUCAUCACAAAAUCACAACAUAAUAAGUGCAUCUGUAUCAGCAUGAACCUUGCUUGAUGAAAUCUCAUUGUAAUCUCAUCAACCUAAUAAACACCUGACCUAAUUUCCAGUUUCCUAUUCAUUUAUAUGGGAGCUUUGCAUGUGUACUAACGAGUUCGAUUUCAUUCGCCCACACUUCCUCUGGUAUCAGUGUUGUUCAUUUUUAAACCUCUUGGAACCCUGAACACACCAACCGGAGUUGUUUGUAUUAUGCAUUCGUCGCCAAUAAGUAGUAGGUGAUAAAACAACCUUUUUUUUUCUC